AUGGCUUCCCGCAUCGCCCGUAGCGCCGCCCAAACUUGGUUCUCCGACCCUGCGACGUACCCCAUCAUUGGCAUCAUGGUGUUUGCGGGCUCCAUGGCCACCUUCGAAGGCGUGCGGUACUUGACGGCGAGCCCGGACGUGGCCUUCAGCAAGGAGAAGCGGUCCCACAUUGACUUGCGCUCGUCGGAAGACGGCGCUGCGUUCCGGUCCCACCGUAUCACCGCGGCCACGCUCAAGCUGAACCCGAUCACUCGCGAGACCGCAUAUCAAGCCGCCGCCCAAACUUGGUUCUCCGACCCUGCGACGUACCCCAUCAUUGGCAUCAUGGUGUUUGCGGGCUCCAUGGCCACCUUCGAAGGCGUGCGGUACUUGACGGCGAGCCCGGACGUGGCCUUCAGCAAGGAGAAGCGGUCCCACAUUGACUUGCGCUCGUCGGAAGACGGCGCUGCGUUCCGGUCCCACCGUAUCACCGCGGCCACGCUCAAGCUGAACCCGAUCACUCGCGAGACCGCAUAUCAAGCGUUCAAGACGCGCAACCUCUAG